CUAAUUUGUGAAGAAAAAAUGGCAGUGAAUGUAAGCUCAAUCAAAACAUCAUCAAACGGCGUUUGGCAAGGCGACAACCCCUUAGACUUCGCUCUCCCUCUUCUCAUUCUCCAAACCACUCUAAUCAUCGCCGUCUGCCGUUUGCUCGCCGUCUUCCUCAAACCUCUCCGUCAACCCCAAGUCAUUGCCGAGAUGCUCGGCGGAAUUUUGCUAGGGCCGUCGUUAUUUGGGCGGAAUGAAGAAUACAUGCACCGGAUUUUCCCGAAAUGGGGCGCGCCGAUUCUUGAAUCGGUGGCGAGUUUCGGCCUCCUCUUCUUCCUCUUCCUGGUUGGGCUGGAGCUCGACCUCAGCUCCAUACGGCGGAGCGGGUGGAGAGCCACAGCCAUCGCGGCGGCGGGGAUCUUGGCCACCUUCGUGCUCGGCGUCGGGGUGGCGUUCGUAUUCCGCAGGGAAAUUGAGGGCGCCGACGAGGUGGGCUUCGCCACCUACUUGCUCUUCAUGGCGGUGGCCCUCUCCAUCACGGCCUUCCCUGUCCUGGCACGCGUCCUGGCCGAGCUCAAGCUCCUCACCACGCAUGUCGGGGAGACCGCCAUGUCUGCUGCUGCGCUCAACGACGUCGCCGCCUGGAUUUCUCUCGCCCUCGCCGUCGCUCUUGCCGGUGACGGAGGCGACGGGCCGAAAAAAAGCCCGUUGAUCUCAAUAUGGGUGCUACUAUCCGGCGUCGCUUUCGUCACUUUGAUGAUGGUAGUGAUCAAGCCAGCGAUGACGUGGGUGGAGCGGCGCUCUUCGUCGCGGCGGGGCACGGCCGAGGACGAGGCCUACAUCUGCCUAACCCUCGGCGGCGUUCUGGCGGCGGGCCUCGUCACCGAUCUGAUCGGCCUCCACUCGAUCUUCGGCGCCUUCGUCUUCGGCUUGACGAUUCCGAAAGGCGGAGAUCUGGCCAGCCGAUUGGUGGCGAGGAUCGAGGACUUCGUGUCCGGAUUGUUGCUGCCGCUCUACUUCGCUUCCAGCGGCCUGAAGACCGACGUGACGAAGAUCCAAGGCGUCGAGGCGUGGGGUCUGCUGGGGCUGGUGAUCACGGCCGCGUGCUCCGGAAAAAUAAUCGGGACGUAUGUGGCGGCGAGGAUGUGCAAGAUUCCGGCGAGGGAGUCGAUUACGCUCGGCGUUUUGAUGAAUACGAAAGGGCUGGUGGAGUUGAUUGUUCUUAAUAUUGGCAGGGAGAAGAAGGUUUUGAACGAGGAGGCGUUUGCCAUACUAGUCCUAAUGGCGCUGGUGACCACCUUCUUGACCACCCCGGCCGUCAUUGCCAUCUAUCAACCAGAGCAUGCUGCCACCGGUCACCGCUGCCUGCAGUCAGCAUCCGCCGGCGAAUUACGCAUUCUGGCGUGCGUCCACAGCCCUGCCAACAUCCCCUCUCUCGUGAACCUCACCGAGUCAACUCGGUCCGCCGAUAAAUCCUCCCGCCUCAAAGUAUACGUUAUGCAUCUGGUCGAACUCACCGAGCGCUCCUCCUCCAUCAUAAUGGUCCGCCGCUUCACACAAAACGGCUUCCCUCUCAUCAAUCGCCUCCGCCGCGCCGGAACUCACCUGGCCGACCGAGCCGCCGCCGCUUUCCAGGCCUACAGCAGCCUCGGGCGCGUGACCAUCCGUCCGGCGACCGCCGUGUCGGCGUUGGCGACGAUGCAUGAAGACAUAUGCCACGUGGCGGAGGAGAAGGCGGUGGCGAUGAUAGUGCUGCCUUUUCACAAGCAGUGGGUGGAAAUCGACGGCGACGACGUGGUGGAGACUGUGGGCUACCGGUGGAGCGGCGUCGCUCAGAGGGUUCUCAAGGAGGCGCCGUGCACGGUGGCGGUGAUGGUGGACCGUGGAUACGGCCCCGCCGCUACGAAUUCCACGGCGGUGCAAAAUGUCUGCGUUUUGUUUUUCGGAGGGACGGACGACGUAGAGGCGUUGGAGUUGGGUGGUAGGAUGGCGGAGCACCCGGCGGUGAAGGUGGCGGUCAUAAGUUUCACCAACACCGUUACCGGAAAGAUCACUGCGCCUGAAUUUAAGGAAAAUGAUGAAGUAGCAGUUGCGAAAUUGUUGCAUAGAAUGGAAGGGAGAGUAGAAGUGAUAGAGAAAACAGCUAUCAAAAUAGUGGAUGACGUAAUUGAAAUCGGGAGAGACGGUGGCUACGACUUAAUAAUAGUGGGCAAAGGCACGCCGUGCUCAUCCACCAUUGCAGCGGCCGAGCAUCCAGAGCUCGGCCCAAUCGGAAACGUCUUGGCCUCGUCUUACCAAGGCGUCACUGCCUCGGUGCUGGUGGUUCAACGACCUAUCAGCCAAGAGUUGUCGCUCUCAAAGAGGCCAGUGGGAGGCCAUGACCAGAAACUCAAUUUGGCAUGAAUAGAUUUGUUACUAGUUAAUUAGGAACAUAGUUCUUGAUUGGCUAUAGCUAUUUUGGUUUUUUUUUUUUUCGCAGACUGUAUUAUUAUAUCAUGUAUGAUCUGUGUACUACUCGUUUUGGUUGGAUGAUAGUACUAGUAUUGUUACUUGUUUCUUGUUA